GUCACAAAUGAUGUUUGAUGAAGAUCUUGAAGAGUUGAAGAACAGGAUGAACUUUGCUCUUGUUGGGGAUGAAAGAUUAUAGAUAUUGGAAUCUUCCCAACGUAAGCUUGUCUUGUUGAGGAUUGUAGGAUUUGAGUCUCAAGAGAGCUUGAGUUAGAUGAGCAAAAGUUGUAGCAAAAAGUUGUAUCCCUGUUCUUCGGUGAGUAGCUUAUAUACUGGGGUUGUCUGCCCGUUGGAGGAGGAGACAACUGCAUUAAAUGCGCGUACUGUUGACUUGACCGCCGUUUUGGAAGGUUUCUAUUUUUAUAAUAUAUCUUCCCGGAUUCUUUGGUCAAUCAUUUGCAAUCAAUCCUUCAGCAUAUCAGGCUCAUUUAAUGUGCAUUAAAUGCUUUCCUUUCAUGCACAGUCUUCUAGCCGUUGGAUGUUUUCACCCGUUGAACUCAUAGCUGUUGGAUGUUGCUUGAAAUCUUCUAAGUGUUAGUCGGGCUCUGAUUAGGCUCUUCUGACGUGUUGGAUUCUGAUGGCCUUCUGAUGCGUUGAGUUCUGAUGGCUUUCUGAUCUCUGAUAGAACUCUAACUCAGACUCUGAUAGGUCCGCUGAUGAGUACCUCUGAUCUGUAGUUCUCAUCGGUUAUCAGAUGUCCAAGUUUAUCAGCAACUCUCAUAGUGCAACUCUGAUGGACUUUUGCUAAGAGAACUCUGAUGGAGCAGUUCUCAUAGAGCAAGUCUGGUCGAGCAGUUCUGAUGCACUUCUGAUCUGAUCCAAAAUAGAGCAACUCUGAUCGUCGCCUACACUAAUACUUACAAUUGAAAAUUCUAAUACAUAAAAUCUAAUUUGGGGGUACUUAAAAUUCUAAUCCUAUAGCAUCAUCAAAAUCUAAAUACAUUUAUUCCUUACACAAAGCUUAUGAGUUUGAGAUGCAUGAAGAGAAGGAGGAAGUUCCUGAUGAGAGGACCACCACUGCUCUCACUGCCAGCACCUCAAAGGUAAGUAACUUCGACCCCUCUACUCUUUUAUCUGAUGAGUAUAUGGCUGCUUUUGCCAGGAAGUUUAAGAAGUUUAUGAAGAAAGAUGAAAGGAGUCCAUCCUCUAGCAGAAGACCCCAUCAGAAGACCAAGUCUUCUGAGAGCAAUGGAGAGUACCUCUGCUACAACUGCAGACAACCUGGGCACUUCAAAGCAAACUGCCCCUAUCCAAGAGUGUCCAAGAAGCAAGGACAUGAAGAAGAAAAGAAACCAGAUGAUCAACACAGAAGAAGAAGAGCAUUCGUCUCAGAGCAAGCUGAGAGAGAUCCACUCUCUGAAUCAGAGUCCAGUUCAGACUCCGACUCUGAUGAAGCAUUCUGCUGCUUGGAUGCAGAAACUGAAGACCUUUGCCUCAUGGCACAAUCUGAUGAUGAGGUAUGCUCUACAACUAAUUCUAUUUCUUCUUCGGUAGGCACAGCCUUAAAUGAUGAUCCAAUGUCAUCAUUUUGGGAAGAGUUCAAGACUAUCCAAGGAUCUUAUUCUUUUUUUUUUUUUUUUUUUUUUUUUUUUUUUAACCCGGAAGGCAAACCACCGCAUCCAGUGGGGCAAAUGCCGGGAGCAUUUGCCAGAGUUUUAUUCAUAAUGUGAUUGAGUACAAAAGGAGAGGGGGACUAGACCAAAACCUCUCCAAGAAGACAUUCCUUCCCGAGAACAUAUUAGGGGGGCAAGACCUGACCUAAUCCGUAAAAUCAACAAUAAUAUAAAUCUCUAAAAGAAGGAAAAUUAAAGAAAUCUAAAUUAAUAGUAACCUAAAUUAAUAAAUCUCCAAGGAUCUUAUUCCUUUAUUAAAGAAGAGAACAGUAAGCUGAAAGCUGAAAAUGAGUCCCUUCUAAAGAGAAUAAGAGAGAUUGAACAUCUUGAAGUCAGAUACAAUAACCUUUUGAAGAUGCAAUCUUCUAUGAAGGGUAUCAAUGACUUUCACAACUCUACCCCUGGUCUUGGAUAUGUUGAACCCAAGUCUGGUGAACCUUCUGUAAGGCCUAGCACCCAAGUUGCUAAAGCCAAAAAGGUCAUAAUUUCACAGAAUUGCAGCCCCAUUUGCCAUGCUAGUACUUCUGGUACUAAAGUUGUUCAUGAGAAGGUCAUACCAGAGAAACAAACUCUAAAGGCCAAACCAAAACACAGUUUGAAAACUAAUGAACCUGGCAGAAAUUCUAACAAAAGGAAGAGUUUUCAGAAAAAUAAUAAUCAAAGGCCUA